AUGGCGGACGAAGACCUGGUGAUCACGGGCUUUUCGGCCUACUUUCCCCAGGCCAACCACCUGGCCGAGUUUCGGAAGAAGCUCUACGAUGGCGUCGACAUGGUCACCGACGACGAGGCACGCUGGCCCAAAGGGCUGCAUGGCCUUCCCAAACGGUCGGGGAAGAUCCAGGACCUGUCCCGGUUUGACGCGCAGUUCUUCGGCGUGCACCCGAAGCAGGCGCACGUGAUGGAUCCGCAGCUGCGCCUGUUCCUCGAGACGUCCUACGAGGCGAUCGUGGAUGCCGGCUACGACCCGGGCACUCUGCGGGGAAGCAAAAUCGGAGUCUUCAUGGGCAGCAGCGAUUCCGAGAGCUUCGAGACCUUCAGUGUGGACACAAACAAGAUCGAUGGCUGCGCCCUGGUUGGCUGCUGCCGGGCCAUGUUCUCCAACCACGUCUCCUAUUCGCUUGACUUCAAUGGGCCGAGCUUCACUGUGGACUCGGCCUGUUCGUCGGCCAUGACGGCGCUCAACCAGGCCAUGCUGGCGCUGCGCUCGGGGCAGUGCGAGGCGGCCCUGGUCGGGGGCAGCACGCUCACCAUCAAGCCCGCCAUGGCACUCAACUUCAACCGCCUCGGCACGCUGUCACCAGACGGCAAGUGCAAGACCUUCGACGCCGACGGGAAGGGCUACGUGAGGAGCGAGGCCGUGGGCGUGUUCUUCGUCCAGCGAGUCUCGGAGGCACGCCGCAUCUACGCCAAGCUGGUGCACGUCAAAGCCAACGUCGACGGCUUCAAGGUUGAAGGCGUCACGUUUCCCUCGGGCCGUGCCCAGGAGGCGCUCCUUCGGGGCGUGUACGAGGAGGCCCGGGUGGACCCCCUCUCGGUGUCGUACCUUGAGACGCACGGCACCGGCACCAAGGUGGGUGAUCCUCAGGAGUUGAGUGGCAUCAGCAACGUCUUCUGCGGCGAGGGACGCAAGGAGCCGCUCCUCAUCGGCUCCGUCAAGUCCAACAUGGGCCACUCCGAGUGCGCCGCCGGCGUCUGCUCGUUGGCCAAGGUGAUUCUGUCCAUGGAGACCGGCACCAUUCCGGGCAACCUGCACUUCAACGAGCCAAACCCAGGAAUCCCGUCGCUGAACGAUGGCAGCAUUCGGGUGGUGGACCGCCACACACCCCUCCCGGGAGGCCUGGUCGCGAUCGACUCUUUUGGCAUUGGAGGCGCCAACGUACACACCAUCCUGGAGGCCAACCCGGGCCCCCACGUGGACUGCUUCCCCCGGGAGAAGCCCCAACUGCCCCGGCUGGUGCUGCUCGCCGGGAGGACCCAGGAGUCGCUCACGGCCACCCUGGACCGGCUGGAAGCGGACGGACCACUGCCGGACCCAGCCUACGCCCUGCUCAACCGGGUCGGGCAGCCCAGCGUCAGUCAGUUCCCGUUCCGCGGCUACUCCGUGGUGGCCGUGGACGGCUCCCCCAAGCCCAUCAAGGGGAUCGAGCGUGCCCCGUCUAAGAAGCGGCCGCUGUGGUUUGUCUUCACGGGGCUGGGCUGUCAGUGGAACGGCAUGGCCCGCCAGAUGAUGCAGUUCGACGUGUUUGCCGACUCCAUCCGCCGCUCCCACGAGCUCCUUGUACCCUUCGGCAUCGACCUCGUAGAGCUGAUCACCAGCGACAACGCCAAAAACCGGACGAUGGUUUAUUCCUCUGUCUCCGUCGCCGCCGUGCAGGUGGCGCUGGUGUCCAUGCUGAAGGCGGCGGGUGUGGAGCCGGACGGCUUUGUGGGUCACUCGUUGGGAGAGAUCGGCUGCGCCUUUGCUGACGGAGGCUUCACGGCCAAGCAGGCGGUGCUGUGCGCCUACUUGAGGGGGCGCUGCUCGAAGCUGGGCAAGCUGCCCAAGGGGGCCAUGGCUGCCGUCGGCCUGACGUGGGAGCAGGCAAAGCAACGUCGGAACGGAAUGAUCCCGGCCUGCCACAACGCGGAGCACUCGGUGACGGUGUCCGGCCCGGCAGAGGCGGUAACGGAGCUGGUGGCACAGCUCAAGGCAAAGAACGUGUUUGGCCAGGAGGUGAACAGCCUGGACUUGGCCUUCCACAGCCAUUACUUGCAGGAGGCCCUCAAUAAGGUGGUCCCCGAGGCCCGCCCCCGUACAGAGCGCUGGAUCAGCUCGUCGGUGCCGCAGAGCCGCUGGGGGGAGCCGCUGGCCCGGAACUGCUCGGCGGCCUACCACGUGAACAACCUGCUCUCGCCCGUCCUCUUCCGGGAGGCCCUGGAGCACGUGCCCAAAGACGCCAUCGUGGUCGAGAUUGCGCCACACUGCCUGCUGCAGUCCAUCCUGCGACGGGCCCUGGGACCGGAGGCAACCUGCCUGGGGCUGAUGAAGCGGGACGUGCCGGACGUGCCUGCCUUCUUCUUGACCUCGCUGGGCAAGCUGCACGCUCACGGGGUGCCCCUGCAGCUGGAGCCCCUGUUCCCCCGGGUGCCGUGGCCCGUGCCCCGGGGGACGCCCAACGUGGCCCACCUGGUCAGCUGGGACCACUCGGAGUCCUGGUCGGUGGCCACCUACAACGACUUCCCCACCUCGACUCAAGUCUCCGAAGAAGUGGAGGUGUUUGACCUGGAGGCCGGGGAGAACGACAGCUACCUGGCGGGGCACCAGGUCGACGGGCGGGUGCUGUUCCCGGCCACGGGGUACAUGGUGCUGGCCUGGAAGUCUCUGGCCAAGCGGUCGGGCAAGCCUUACACCCAGGUGCCCGUCAUCUUCGAGGACGUCACCCUGCACAGGGCCAUCAUCCUUCCCAAAAGCGGCCCAGUGCGCCUCAUGGUGAACGUGAUGCGCGUGUCGGGAGAGUUCGAGGUGUGCGAGGCCGGCACGGUGGCCGCGAGCGGUCGCAUCUUCCUGCCCGAGGACGGGCAGGAGCUCCUGGACCACGAGGCGCCCUCCGAGCCCCCGGAGACCGUGACCUUUGACCUCGACGCCGAAGACAUCUACAAGGAGCUGCGCCUCCGGGGGUACGAGUACUCCGGAAGCUUCAAGGGCAUCCUGAAGGCCGACAUCCAGCACCCCUACGGCAAACUCAAGUGGGAGGACAACUGGGUGACCUUCCUGGACACAAUGUUGCAGUUCAGCAGUGUCAGAAACCCUGUGCGCUCGUUCAACCUGCCCGCCAGGAUCCACUCCUGCAAGGUGGAUCCGGCAGUGCAUGCCAAGGUCGUCUGCGCAGUGGGAGACCAAGGACUGAACGUGGUCUACGAGAAGUACCUCAACGUCUGCCGCGCCGGCGGCGUGGUCAUGGAGGGCCUCGAAACAAACGUGGCGCCCCGCCGGGCCAUGCAGCAGGAGCCGUUCCUCGAGGAGUACCUGUUCGUGCCGUACAUGGACGACGAGUCGGUGGGCCGCCAGCGCGAGGCCGCGGUCCGCGAGUAUGUCGAGGUCUGCUGCAACAUGGCCCGCCGCGUGCUCGAGUCGUGCGCCAAAAACAAGGCUCCGAUCUCGGACGUGAUCAGCGGGGUUUGCGAGGCACCCGAACAGGUUCUCCACAAGUACCUGGAGAGCCAGGCCGAGAACCACGGGUUGUUGCGUGUCCUGGCCAGCGUCCAAAAGGAGGCUGAGAGCUCGGCGGGCUCCCUGGUGGCCUCGGUCCAGUCGGUCCUGUCGGCCCACAAGGAGGACCUCGAGAGGGACCUCCUCAACACUGCCCUCAUGGAAGAGGACCCACUGCGGCACCUUUUGGACGUGGUCGUUGAGAACACCGGUGUCAAGAAGUUGAAAGUCCUUGAGAUGGCCGCGCAUGCUGGCCUUUUUCUCCUGGCGCCCAGGGUAUCCGCUCUCCUGGCGUUGUCCCACAUCCUCCUCAAGACGGACCUGACGAUUGCACACCCGCAGCCGAAUAUCCUGACGGAAAAGCAAGUUCCUGAAGACGCCAAGAAGGUUGCCUGGGACGUGGCGUCUCCGUCGAGGACCGCCCUUCCAGAUGCUGACCUCCUGAUAGCCCGUGCCGCAGCCGGCAGUGAGGCUCUGGAGGCGCUCACGGACGCGCUCGCGGCUCAGUCGAGAGAGGGCGGCUUCGUUCUGCUGUCUCUGCGAACUGCGCUCACGCCCGCCGAGAUGUUCCUGUCGACUGUGGGCAAGGUGCCGCUCCGGGUGCACUCUCGGGACUUCGUCGAGGCUGCCUUCGGGAAGCGUGGCUUCCGGCUCGUGAGCCUCCGGUCCAACAAUGUGUCUGCGCUCCUGCUGUUCAGGAAGAGGCUGGCGACACCAGCCGGUGCAGAUAAGCAGGCGGUGAUCCGGGUCAGAAGUGGCGAGUUCGGCUGGGUGGAAGAAAUCAAAGCGAAGGCGACCGAGUACCAGGAGAGGCCGGCGGGCGAGAACAUCUGGCUGGUGGCCGAGGACGUGGGCUCCAGCGGGGUCGUCGGUCUCACCAACUGCCUCAGGCAGGAGACUGGAGGACACCACAUCAGGUGCGUCUUCAAUGCCAGCCUCAAAGGCGGCGCAAACCCAGUGGCCGACUUCCAGCCCGCCAGCUCGGAGCACAAGGAGCUCGUGGAUCGUGACCUGGUCAUGAACGUCUACCGCGACGGAAAGUGGGGCUCCUUCAGGCACACCGUGACGCAGUCACGCGGAGCCCCCCGGCUGUGGACGGACCAGGCGUACCUCAACGUGCAGACCCGGGGUGACCUGUCGAGCCUGCAGUGGUACGAGAGCCCCCUUCGGUACCGACCGGCCCCGGACGACCGGGUGCUGUGUAGCGUCUACUACGCGCCCCUCAACUUCCGUGACAUCAUGCUGGCUACGGGCAAACUGCCCCCGGAGGCCCUCUCCGGCAACCUGGCGACGUCGGACUGCGUGCUGGGCGUGGAGUUUUCCGGGCGGGACCCCUCGGGGCGCCGAGUGAUGGGCUCGGUGGAGGCCGAGGGCAUGGCAACCGUCGUGGCGGCCAAACCGGGCCUCCUGUGGGAGGUACCGGAGAACUGGAGCCUGGAGGAGGCGGCGACGGUGCCCGUGGCCUACUCGACGGCCUACUACGCCCUGAUUGUGCGGGGCACCAUGCGUCCCGGGGAGGCCCUGCUGGUGCACUCGGGCAGCGGGGGCGUCGGCCAGGCCGCCAUCUCCAUCGCCCUCUCCAUGGGCUGCACCGUCUUCACCACCGUCGGUUCCCAAGAGAAGCGGGAGUUCCUGAAGCGGCGCUUCCCACAACUGCAGGACCGCAACUUUGCAAACUCUCGGGACCUGUCCUUCGAAGAGCACAUCGUCCGGGAGACCGAGGGCAGGGGGGUGGACUUGGUGCUGAACUCGCUGGCCGAGGAGAAGCUGCAGGCGAGCGUGCGCUGCCUGGCCGCCCACGGCCGCUUCCUGGAGAUUGGCAAGUUCGACCUGACCCAGAACAACGCCCUGCGCAUGGCGGUGUUCCUCAAGAACGUCAGCUUCCACGGCAUCCUCCUGGACGCCCUGUUCAGGGACGACCCACGGGUGGCGGCGGACAAGUGCCGGGUGAUCCAGCUGGUGCGCGAGGGCAUCGCCUCGGGCGUCGUGCGGCCCCUGGACACCGUCUGCUUUGCCCGCGACCGCGUCGAGGAGGCCUUCCGCUUCAUGGCUUCCGGCAAACACAUCGGCAAGGUGGUGAUCGAGGUGCGGCCCGAAGAGCCCCAGCGGCAGAUGAUGGCGCCAACGCCGCUCUUGGUGGAGGCCCACACGCGCACCUGCUUCUUCGAGGACAAGAGCUACGUGGUGGCCGGGGGCCUGGGCGGCUUCGGCCUGGAGCUGGCCGACUGGAUGGUGGUCCGGGGCUGCCGCAGGCUGCUGCUCACGGCCCGCUCGGGCGUCCGCACGGGCUACCAGCGCCUCUGCCUGCACCGCUGGCGGCUGGCCGGCGCCAAGGUGGCGGUGAGCCGGGCGGACGCGGCCACCGAGGAGGGCGCCAGGGCGCUGCUGCAGGAGGCCGCCGCCCUCGGCCCCGUGGGCGGCAUCUUCAACCUCGCCCUGGUGCUCAGGGACGCCCUGCUGGAGAACCAGACGGCGGAGGCGUUCGAGGCGGUGUGCCGCCCCAAGGUGGCCGGCACCCUGCACCUGGAUGCGGCAUCCCGGAAGCUGUGUCCUCAGCUGGACCACUUCGUGGCCUUCUCGUCGGUGUCGUGCGGCCGGGGCAACGGGGGCCAGACCAACUACGGCUACGCCAACUCCGUCAUGGAGCGCGUCUGCGAGAAGAGGGUGGCCGACGGACUGCCUGGCCUGGCCAUCCAGUGGGGUGCCAUCGACGACGUGGGCAUCCUGUGGGAGACGAUGGGGGCGGACGUGGCGGUGGGCGGCACGGUGCCUCAGCGCAUCAGCUCAUGCCUGACGGUGCUGGACCGCUUCCUGCGCCAGGGCCACCCCGUGGUUUCGAGCUUGGUCAAGGCUGACCUCGCUUCCGGGGCCAAGGCCAAAGGCAAGCAAGACCUUGUCCAGUCCGUGGCACACAUCUUCGGUGUGAAGGACCCUUCAAGCCUGAACCCCUCCCUGACCCUGGGGGAGCUGGGCAUGGACUCCCUGAUGGGCAUCGAGGUGAUGCAGACCAUCCAGAGGGACUACGACCUCAACCUGUCCAUGCAGGAGAUUCGGCAGCUCAGCAUCGGUCGACUCAGGGAGAUCGGCGAAGGGGCCGCGAUUGGAGGCUCCGCCGCGCCCAAGGAGCCAGAGGACUCGUCGGUGUUGGAGGUUCCCCGGUUGACGCUGAUCCAGAACCUGGUGCCGCACCAAGUGGUGGUGGAGAUGAACGGGCGCCCCGGCGGGCCGGUGUUCCUGGUGCAUCCCAUCGAGGGCCACGUGGGAGCCCUCUACGAGCUGGCCCGGCAGCUGCCCGUGCGGGUCGUCGGGCUGCAGCGCACGCGCGACGUGCCCACACGCAGCAUAGAGGAGCUGGCCUCCAUCUACCUCCAGCGGCUAGUGGAGGUGCAGCCCCAGGGGCCGUACCACAUUGUGGGCUACUCCUUUGGUGCCACGGUGGCCUUUGAGAUGGCGGUGCAGCUGCAGGGGGCGGGGGCCCCCGUGGGCAGCCUGGUGUUCCUCGACGGGGCGCCCAAGUACAUCGGCGUGCACAUGGGGCACCACCGCAGCCGAUUCACCGACGCCAACGAGGAGGAGGCCACUAUCCUCUGCGCCUUUCUCGUGCGAUACCUCGACAUCGACUUCGUCCAGGCGAAGCGGCAGAUGGUGCAGUACCCGACGUGGGAAGCGAAGCAGGAGGUGGCCACGGACCUGCUGCUGGAGGGCAUCCCCGACGUGCGCCCCAGCCGGGAGGACGUGACCCUGGCUACGAGCGCCUUGUACCACUUCAUCAAGGCCGGCAGCGAAUACGUCCCCAUGUCCAAGUUCCGGGGGGACGUCACCCUGGUCAAGCCAUCCAGGCCGAACAAACUGACCAUGAAGCUGCCUCCUGACUACGGCCUCUCCGAGUGCUGCGAAGGCAAUGUCGACAUCCACGUGGUGGAGGGACUCCACGAAAACUUCAUCCUGGGCAAAGGUGCGCUGGAGUGUGCCAACCUGGUUGCCCAACAAGUUGGCGCGGCGUAG